AUGCUGAGCACUAUGGUUUUCCUCGCCAAGCGCAUCAAUGUCGCGAUCACGGCAUCAACAACUCCAGCCGAGGCAGCUGAGAUGCAGCGAGAUCCAUGGUCAAAGUCGGCAAAAUAUGGAGUAGGAUUUGUCUAUUUUGCCGUCGUGCUGCUGAUCAUUACGACAUUUGUCCGAUGUUGGCAUAAAUGGGGCGACAAGAUGCGGAUUGCCCUCUACAGAGAAAACCGACCAGAGAUCUCUCGCGACGAUUCGGUACCGGACGAGUACGAACUCCCGAGUGCAGGUACUGAUGCUUCCAACGCUCACUUCUUUCCAUCACCGAAUGUGAUCUCUCCACCUAAGAGGCGCGAGUCAAUUCUUGCUAGCAUAGUUCCUUUGAACAAGGCAAUUGCCUUAAUGCGAUGGAUCUUCUACCGACCAGUUCCCUCUCUGAGGAUUGGAAAGAUAGAGCUCUCGUUCCCAUCUUUGGCAAUCACGGCAAUUGUCUUGAUUGCGUUUACUUUUGUCACAUUAUACUGUUUUGUGCCACAGCCCUUAUACUACUGGUCUAUUGCGCUGGGGUCGCCGCCGUUGGCUAUUCGGGCAGGUAUGCUCGCAGUAGCCAUGAUUCCCUGGAUCGUUGCACUCAGCACCAAGGCAAAUUUUAUUACUUUGAUGACUGGCCUCAGUCCUGAAAGGUUGAAUGGACUGCACCGCUGGUCAGCCUAUAUCUGCCUAUUCCUCAGUUUGGUUCACAUGGUCCCGUUCUACAUCACUCCAAUCUGGGAAGAUGGUGCUUUGGUCAACUAUAGCGUAGGCAUCCCACCGCAUGCCUAUGUGUAUGGGACUGGAAUUGCGGCGCUCGUUCCUCUGCUUGUGUUGUGCAUCCAUUCUCUCCCAGUCUUCCGCAAUUGGAUGUAUGAGCUUUUUGUCUUUAUUCAUAUCCCAGUCUCGUACAUCUUUGUGGCGAUGCUUUUCUGGCAUACAAGAAACUACUUGUCAUCGUGGGCCUAUCUUUUCACAACCAUCGCUAUUUGGAUCAUCUCUUAUAUCGUCCGGCUGUUCUACUUGAACUGGACACACCCUUUGCGCUCAUCAUUUUUGAUUGGAGAAGAGUCGGCCGUAACCCUUCUUCCACAAAAUGCUAUCAAGAUUACCAUUCCCACAAAGAUGCGUUGGAGGCCCGGUCAGUAUGUCUAUUUGAGGCUGCCGAGAAUCUCUGUGAUACAGAGUCACCCUUUUACAAUUGCCUCUCUUUGCAGCGACGACUUUCCAUCUGCGUAUGGUGAAAAGUACCGUGACAUAACACUGGUUUUCCGGCCAUUUAAAGGCUUCACCCGCCAGGUAUUUCAGGAAGCCAUAGAGCGUGGCCCCUACAACACAUACAGCGCAUUUGUCGAAGGACCUUAUGGUGGUAUGCAGCGCGAGAUUGCUGCUUUCGAUGACGUGGUUUUCUUUGCCGGAGGAAGUGGCAUUACUGCCAUUGCAAGCCAACUGCUGGACCUCAUCAAGAAGAUUCGAGAUGGCAAGGCCAUCACCAAGUCGGUCAAAGUCAUUUGGGCGCUCAAGAGCCCCGAGACUAUGGAAUGGUUCCAAGAAGAACUACGGAUCUGCCGUGACUAUGCACCAUCGAACAUUGUGAGCUGUCAUUUCUUCCUUACUGGAGUCAAGCAAACCGACCAAGUUGGACGGGAUACAGUCCAAGAGAAGAUAUACGGCAUGCUCAAGGGCAUCGACAAGCGAAACUCGGCCUAUAUCCGCAAUGAAGCUGCGGGCAAUCCGGAUAUAGAAAAGGAACUGCGCCGUGAGAAUGAAGAUGGUGUCGCAGCUCUUCCCAACACGUACGCGGCCACCCAUGCGCCCAAUACCCGCCAAUACUACCAGCCUGCCAUGAACGCCCAUGGCCCUGCUGCAUCCAAUGGUCAUGGCAACCCGAACUUUGAUUUCGGAUUUGGCGCACCUCAACCUGUGCCACAAAGGCCACCGCCAUCACCUGCACCACGAUUUGCUUAUUAUCAGCCACGGGCACGAGACAACUGGCGAACUGAUUACUUCCGCCCGAACAUUACCCAGAUGGUCAAUGAGCUUUCGCAAACAUUUGGCCGCCGUGCCUGUGUCUUCGUCUGCGGUCCACCGAGCAUGAGAGUUGAGGUCGCCAACGCGGUAGCCAAGCUACAGCUGCAGGUGAUUAUGGACUCGUCAAGAGAUGAGAUAUUUUUGCAUGCCGAGAACUAUAACGUCUAA